AUGGGCCACAGCUGGGAGAGGGCCAUCACUUCAACCGAAAUAGCACCCUGGACGACGAGGAGACAAAUCGAAGGCCGACACAAGCGGCCAACGGACGAGCCAACGCCGGGACAAGCCAACCGCCGCCGUAGCCGACUUGCCAAGCCGUCGUGGAGCCAUCCACAGCCGGAGCAGCAGCCACCCCGGGCCACUGCCCAACCCGCGCCGACCGGCGAGCUCCAAGCGUCGGAGCCGCCCGGCACGCACCCGCGCCACCAGCCACCAUGGCCGCCGCCUACACCAAAGUCACGGCACAGGCCCCCGCAGCCUCCGCACCACUACCAGCCAACCCUACCGCCGCGCCACCACACGAGAGUGCCGUCGGAGCUCGGACUAGUCGCGCCACCGCCAAGCCCGCGGUUGAAAGCCCCCGACUUGACCCAGAAGGGGCCAAACGGGGUCCGUCACGGCGAGCCACAGGGUCAAGGAGGGAUGGUGCCGACUCACAGCCGCGACCAGCCCCCACAAGACACGCUCACCGGCGGGCGGGACCACCACCGCCAACACCAGCCGCGCCGCCCGCCGCAGAUCGGGGGGAGCCCGACCAACACCCCGCCACCAACGACGCAGCGGCGCACCACCACUCCCAGCCUAACGGCCGACGAAGCCCGACGUCCCCGCCGCCGAGAGCCCCGCCGAGCUCCGCGCCCCCACGAGCGGCUGACCCGCGCCGCCGCAGCCUCGAACAGGGGAGGGAAGAAAAGGCCCCGCCGCCGCCCACGUCACACGGGCUUCGCCCGGUGGACGCCCUCCGGCGGCAGCGAGGGGGAGGAGAGGUUGGAUGGGAGGAGUUCGCCGGCGGCAGAUCAGGGGCCCCCGUGA